AUAGACAAAUAAGCUGGAAAAAGAUUUUUUACUGGUAUAUUGAACCUAUGUAAAAAAAAAAUGGGGGGGGGCGGAGCCUUGAUUACAUGUGGUAUCCUUUAUUUCAAGUUCACUUGGAUAUAUCAAGUCAACGUAAGUAUGGAAAAAACAAUUGUUAAUUGAUAAUACGUCGUCAAUCUACCUUAUGGUUGAGUUGAAGGCCACAGCAAGUAAUUUAUUUUUCUUACGUAUGUUUUUGAAUAAAUUCUAAUGGGGCACAAUUGGUACACAUGGGAAUUCCAAAAGUUUGUGUGAAGACUUGAUUGUCAAAAACUACAUAGAUGUUGUCUUUCAGAAACUCAAGCAUCUUUUAAUGUCAACUGCAGAGUACUUGUGUUUGCAAUCAGAAUGGUUUUUAACAAAUUAAUUUAUUACAUUUCCUAUGACAAGGUAAGCAUUUUUACAACUUCUAUUUAUAUUGAAGAAACAACUGUCGAUGAUAUCAAAAAGCCUAGAUUUUCAUUUGUCAUGGGGAAUGGUUGUAUAAAGCGUUGAAAAAGCGUACGUUUUGAUGCUAUUGAUUUUGGUAAGAUUUUGUGACCUCAAAGUUUUUAAGAAUUCUUUAGAGUAUCCACAUCUGAUUCAUACCACUUCUGAAGUAUAUUGUUGCACAAUACUAUUGAAGUUUCUCCUUCACUUCUGUAAGAAUUUUAGUAAGGAGUAAAGAUAGAGGUCUAGUAGAACAUUUACUGGAACCUGUUAUAUAUCUCUGUUUGUAAGGACUUUUGUUAAGCUUUGGAAACCAGUACAAGUAAGGAAAAUCAAAUUGAUUUUGUUUAUUAGGGAUAUUACAAAUAUCCAUAACCGAUUUAUGAUUUUGAAGUAUUUCCUGGUUGGAAAUACUGCAACGGGUGUAAGUAGGAUUACCAUGUAUAGAAUCGAAACCUAGUUCUUUGAAAAUGCAAUUAAUAUAAUGUGCCUUUCAAACAAAGACAAUGUUAUUACUCGCCUUAUCAGCAGGGACCAGGCCAUACUGAUCGUGCAAUCUAUCUAGUUCUUUUCUCAAUUCUGCUUAAUUGAAAACAGAAGGAUAUUUGGUUUUCAUUUGACAUCUCAGUUGUAUAAUACGAGAUUUUAUUAUACAUCUGAUGCUUUUAACCCACUUUGACAAGGUAUCUUAUAUGUAUCAUGAAAACAUUAAUACAUAACAAAUCAUGAUACCACAUAUUUCUCUAUAUCGAUGUGGUUACUGCCAAGGCGUUACUACUCAAGGCGUGCCAUUAAACAAAAAUUGCAAAUAUUUAUUUCAUAUACAGAAAUCCAGCGAUCCUUCGCAAUUGCAUCGUCCUUUGCCGGUCUGUCUUGGUCUGUAACGUCUAAUUUGAGAAUAUCUUCUGCAACUUCCGGUUUGAAGGCCAAUUCGAUAUGCGGAGCUGUUGGGUAUUUCCUGUGGCGUGUGUUUGAAAUCGGACCAAGAAUCACGGCCAUUGUUAUGCUUCUGCCUGUCGAUAGCCACGGUCUCUACAUCAUUUUUAGAUCGUUAGUUCAUUGGUUCAUCAUGUUAACUAUGGCGUUCUUAAGGCAUGUAAAAGUUUAUGACGAACCUGUUCAUAAUAUUAUGUUCAUCGUGUUCAUUAGCUUUGUACAGAUUAUCUCCUACAUGAAUCUGAGCCAUGGAAAGUCCCGGCUUUUUGCCAUUACUUAUUACACCCUAUUCUACGUAGAAAACGUUGUGAUGGUUUUACUAUUUGCAUUAUGGACUGAUAUCGACAAAUCGAGCUGGAUCUUCAUAGUUGCAGUUUGUGUGGCCUCAUCAGGAACUUUAUUUUGUACGCUGUUCAUGGUCAUGUACUUUAAACUGUGUCAUCCUAAGGUGUCGCACAAAUAAAUAUACGU